UAUUUAUUUUUUAUUUAUUUUUUAUUUAUUUUUUUUUUUUUGGUAAACGAACCGCUUCCGUUUGCCGUGUCCAACAUCCGGAAGGGUGGGAACCUGUCUUAAAGUUCUGCAAAUCACAUCAGUUUGUGUUAUUUGGCGUGAUUUUCUCUUUAAACGCGUUAAACAGGGUUCCCUGCGUGGUCGUGAGGAAUAAACCGUGUUAAGGAGAAGAACAUGGCGUGUGUUGGGUUGAUUGGUGUUGUGUUGUGGUGUAACACCGCUCACCUGGAUUAGGAGCUCAGGCGCCUGCUGCUUUUCUCCUGCUUGGAUUAGGACUGCACAAUGCUCCUCCGAGACCACUGAAAUCCGGAUUAUUUCCCUCUCACUGAAGGUGAUUUUUGAUCAUUUUGACGAUUUAAUUUGAGUUGAAAUGAGUUGUGGACUGCAGAGUCGGGCAGGUGGUUGAAGACAGUUUUGUUUGUUUUGGGGUUUCUGUCGGAAGAUUUAGUGUAACACCGAAGCGAAAAUGUACUUUCGUUAUUAUUUAUUUGUUUUUACCUUUUUAGAACAAUUAAAAUGUUUGUUUAUUUUUUAACUUCCAGUAACAUACAGUGUAUAUAUACUUCCAAGGCUGUUUUUUUUUUUUUUUUAAUAGUGGCUCAAAAAAAAGCAAAAACAGAAACGAGAAGUAGCUUGUUGUUACACAUGAAGUGUGCGCGUGGAAGAGGGUUUGUGUCGAAGCUGUCUCAGAUUUUCCACAAAUCACGGUGUACUUUCAGAAACAUUUCUGAGCCCAUUUUACUGGCACUUCUCCAAUCCUUUUAGAAGACAUUCAGAGAAAGAACAUUUGCACUGUUAAAACCUUAAAUGCUAUGAGUGCCCAGCCAAGGAGAAUCCGUCUGAAGCCGUGGCUGCUGGCUCAGGUGAACAGUGGGAAAUACCCUGGCCUCAACUGGCUGAAUAAGGAGUGUCGCUUAUUUCAGAUACCCUGGAGACAUGCCACACGCCAUCUGCCAACCCCAGAGGAGGAAAACACUAUAUUCAAGGCCUGGGCACUGGAGACAGGGAAGUACCAGGAGGGUGUAGAUGAGCCUGAUCCGGCCAAGUGGAAGGCCAACCUGCGAUGCGCCCUCAACAAGAGCCGUGAGUUUAUGCUGAAGUAUGAUGGUACUAAGGAGACACCAAUGCAACCAUACAAGAUUUACGAGGUGUGCGAACUGUCAGUAAAUGGAGAUGAGUGUGAGGAUGAUGAGGAAGAGCUACCAAAUGUUGCACACCUCUCCAUCAACCCUUGUACGGUUGAGCCUCCAAGCUACCCAGCAUUCCCAGCCAACCCAGUUGAUACAUUCCCUCUGCCAUUCAUGCCACCUGCUUUUCCUGAUCACAGCCAUAUAGCUCCUACCGUGAAACAGGAGGAGCACCUACUCAGGGAAGCUGUUCCAAAUGGAUGUGGUCUGGGAACCAGGGUCAUAGCACCAUCUGCUGUUCCCCAAACUAUUGUCAUGCCAGACACCAUGGCGGACAGUCCUAUGCCAGAGGUGAGGCCUGAAGUAGAGAGCCAAGUGCAGACAUGCCUCUCUGACCUGCUGAGCAGUCCUCAUAUGCUGCCCCUAACAGACCUCGACAUUAAGUUCCAGUAUCGCGGACUGACCGUGGGCUCUAUGACUGUGAGUAAUCCUCAGGGCUGUCGGCUUUAUUCUGGUAAUUUGGCACCAACACCGGAGCAAGUGGAGCUAUUUGGGCCCAUCACCCUGCACCAGGUGCUGUUCCCUGGAACUGCCGAGAUCCAAAAUGAGAAGCAGCGCUUCUACACUGAGCAUCUGCUAGAUGUGAUGGACCGUGGCCUCAUCCUGGAGAUCCAAGGCCAGGACAUCUAUGCUGUGCGUUUGUGCCAGUGCAAAGUGUUCUGGUCUGGGCCGGGAGUGCCCGAGGAGGGUCAGCCCAACCCGAUGGAAAGGGAGCGCAAGAUCAAUGUGUUCAGUCUCAAUAACUUUCUGCAGGGACUCAUCAUGUACCAGAAGGGUGAGGUGCCGACUCCACCACCCUUUGAAAUUUACUUCUGCUUUGGGGAGGAUUGGCCUGACAGAAAACCCAAAGAGAAGAAGCUCAUAAUUGUCCAGGUCGUGCCUGUAGUGGCGAGGAUCCUGACAGAGAUGUUCUCCGGUGAGCUCUCGUGGUCCACAGACAGCAUCCGCCUCCAGAUCUCCAACCCUGAUCUGAAAGACCAGACCGUUGAGCAGUUCAAGGAGCUCCACAGACUGUUGCAAAAUCAACAGGCCCAGGCCUCAUGGCACCAGAACAUCCACUAACAAUGUAUACUCUGUUACAUCACCACAUGAUCCAGCUGAGGAGGAAUGCAGCUGCCCUGUAUUGGUUUAAAAGAGUGCUUCUGGGAUAAUCUCCAUUUGUAUGUGACACAGUAUUUUUGUGGGGGAUUAUUUGAUUAAACAUUUUGUCCUGGUUCUUAGAAUGAAUGUCCCAUACUCAGAUUUGCUUAUUUGAGCUAUAGGUACUAUUCAGGGAAUAAUACUGAAAUGUUUACAACCCACAGUGCAUUGCAGCUUGCCUGAUGUGCCAAGUGACCGACGUUGUGAUGAUCAUCAUCACCUUCAUCAUUAUUACUGUUUUCUAAUAAUAAACACUGUUAUAGGAAUAAUAAUUUAACAAUAAUAAUAAUAAUAAUAAUAAUGUCCAAUGAAUUGGUAGUUGAAACAAGUUUCCACUCAUGGUCUUUGUUUCAAACUAAGGACUUUCCAAUUCUGCAUUUACUUGUAGUGCUGUAUUACCAAAAAUAACUACAUUGGAACCAUCAGGGCUGAUUUAAUUGUUUGAAUCUUGCAUAAAAUUGUCUGUUUUGUGCUAAAAAUGUUUUAUUUUAACUUUGCAUGUGUUUCAAUAAAUAACAGACUAGUUCUGGA